AGCAUUCCGUUCAAAGUGCGCGCGUUAUAUAUAACCAACUUUCUUGUUGCACGUUGCGCUGUGUGGCCUACGUGACUCAGAAACAGUUAUCAAUGGCGCAACAACAGCUGCUUCAGCUGAGUUCACUGACCAAUUUUCGUGCAACAGCAACCCCUGAGGCAAGCAGCAUUUAAAUUUGAACUGUUUUCGUAGACAGUCAUUAAUUGCAAAUAUUAUUUCGAGCAGUGUACAAGUGUGCACACGUGUGUCUAUUAAAUAAUCAGCAACUAAAUAAUAAUAAAAACAAAGUACAACAACAAAAACAAAAGUGAACGUCUAGGAAAUCGCAGAGAAAACCUUGGCGCGUUUGCCAUUCGACAGUUGCAACUAAAAUAAUUAGUUCUAAAGUGAAGCUCCAUUCAGUGGACAACAUGUUGGACAUUGUCCAACCCGGCGAUCAGCUGAACAGCGGCAGCAGCAGCAGUGAUGUGGUCGUCAUUCGAGCCAAGCCAAAGAAGGUGUUCAAGCCAAAGGCGCGCAUCAAUCGCAUGCCACAGGAGCUGCUCGAUGAUCCGCAACUGCAGCGGGCCAUUGCUAGGCUGCCCUCGAACUACAACUUUGAGCUGCACAAGACCAUAUGGCGCAUACGGGAAACGAAGUCGAGGCGUGUUGCCUUGCAGCUGCCAGAGGGCCUGCUGAUGUACGCAAUGGUAAUAAGCGAUAUUAUAGAGCGUUUCACAAGCGCGGACACUGUCAUCAUGGGCGAUGUGACUUAUGGCGCAUGUUGCGUUGAUGACUACACGGCGCAGGCCUUGGGCGCAGAUCUGCUGGUGCACUAUGGCCACAGCUGUUUAAUACCCGUCGAUCAGACCUGCGGCAUUAAAGUUCUAUACAUCUUUGUGGACAUUAAAAUCGAUCCGCUGCAUUUUCUCGACUCAGUCAAGCUGAACUUUAAGCCCGAGGACGGCCAAAUAGCCCUGGUCAGCACAAUACAGUUUGUAACCACGCUUCAAUCAGCUGCAACCGAGCUGAAAGCAGCCGGCUACGAUGUGCUCGUGCCACAGGCCAAGCCGCUGAGUCCGGGUGAAAUAUUGGGCUGCACUUCGCCCCAGCUGCCGGAGACAACGCAAAUGAUAAUCUACCUGGGUGACGGACGUUUCCACCUGGAAUCCGCCAUGAUUGCCAACCCGCUGCUGAAGGCCUACAAGUACGAUCCGUACGAGAAAAAGUUCACAGUGGAGCAUUAUGAUCACAAGGCCAUGCAAGGCUUGCGACAUGCGGCCGUGCAGCGCGCCAAGCAAGCGCAACGCAUUGGCAUCAUCCUAGGCACACUUGGUCGACAGGGCAGCGCUCGUGUGCACCGAUUUCUGGAGAAGCGUCUGCAUGCCAAGGGCAUUGCGACCACCACCAUACUGCUGUCUGAGAUCUUUCCACAGAAGCUGGCACUGUUUGCUGACAUUGAUGCCUUCGUGCAAAUUGCCUGUCCACGCCUGUCCAUUGAUUGGGGCUCGGCCUUUGAGCAGCCACUGCUGAAUCCCUAUGAGCUGUCUGUGGUGCUGGGCGACAUUGAGUGGACGCCAGAUAAUGCCUCGCCACGCAACAAUGCUUAUCCCAUGGAUUUCUAUGCUAGCGGCAGCCUGGGCCCCUGGACGCCUAACUUUAAGCCACCAGCGCUGGGCGAAUGCGAGAACCGGCCCUCGGCAGACUGUUGUGGACGCUGCACGCGUGCUGAGUUAGAGAAGGACGAAACCGGCAAGGCGGCAGCAUUAGCCGACAUACUUGAUUUUAAGAAGGGCUAAACGAUGCUACAAUUUGCAGUUUGAGGACACCUGAAGCUUUCCUCAUUUCUCUCAAGCGUCUUAAGCGACUUAAUGCUAAGUAACUAAGUAACUAGGUGAUUUAGUUUAUGUGCCCGCCCAGCCCAAAUGUAAUAUGGUAUAGCUACUAAUUUAAGUUAGUACAAAUUUGAUUUCUAGCUUAUAUAGCGCUAUGUAUAAUACAUUAGCGCAACUUUUGUGUUCAUGCAUCUUCCCUUUGAUAACGUUACAGCAUUCAUAAAAUAUUCUAGUUUUUAGUUACAUAUCCAGAAACAAAUAUAAAAAACAAAUGUUAACACAA